GGAAAUCAUUAUGAGUGUUUAGGGUGCAAUUGUUACUAGUUUUGGUAAUUUGUAAGUGCAUGCUAUUCAUAUUUAUGUUUAUAAUUUACAAAUCCUUUAUUGUUCUUUAAAAUUAAAAAACAAUUUGUUCGUAAGAGAAAUAUGUGAAAAUUUUCGAUCUCAAUUGACGAAAAACACACGCAACCGACGAAGAAGACGAAUUCGGAAGAAGAAAUCUGUCUUUCACAGAGCUGCGAAGAAUCACCUCCCUCUACUUCUCCGGCAUCCAGCGGCCGCCGGCGAUUGCGUGUGUUCAUUCCUACCGAAAAUUUCCAAUUUUAGAUUCAACUGCUCGUUUCAGAAGCAUUGAUAAGUUUAGUAUUCUGCGGAUUUCUCUGGAUCAUAAACCCUAGGAGUUUAUGUUAAUUUCUGUGGAUUUCUGUGAAACGGAGGCUGUUGAUUGGAAUUAGAAAGUUUGAAGAUGGAGCAGUUGAAGACGAUCGGGAGAGAGCUAGCCAUGGGGUCUCAGGGAGGGUUUGGGCAGUCGAAGGAGUUUCUGGAUCUGAUUAAAUCGAUCGGUGAAGCCAGAUCCAAGGCUGAAGAGGAGCGAAUUAUCAUCCACGAGAUGGAAACUUUGAAACGCCGUCUCACCGAUCCCGACAUUCCGAAGCGCAAGAUGAAGGAGUACAUUAUUCGUCUCGUGUAUGUUGAGAUGCUUGGCCACGAUGCCUCAUUUGGCUACAUUCAUGCUGUGAAGAUGACUCAUGACGAUAAUCUCCUUCUGAAGCGAACUGGUUAUUUGGCUGUCACCCUCUUUCUUAACGAGGACCACGACCUCAUAAUCCUCAUUGUUAAUACCAUCCAGAAAGACCUCAAGUCUGACAAUUAUCUCAUCGUUUGUGCGGCUCUCAAUGCGGUGUGUAGGCUUAUUAACGAGGAGACUAUACCAGCAGUGUUACCGCAGGUCGUCGAGCUGUUGGGACACUCAAAGGAGGCCGUUAGAAAGAAGGCCAUCAUGGCUCUUCAUCGCUUCCAUCAGAAAUCGCCCUCUUCCGUAUCGCAUCUUCUCUCUAAUUUCCGUAAGAGGCUGUGUGACAACGAUCCUGGAGUCAUGGGAGCCACGCUUUGCCCUUUUUUUGAUCUCAUUACCACGGAUGUAAAUUCCUACAAAGAUUUAGUUGUCAGCUUUGUAAGCAUUCUUAAACAAGUAGCUGAGCGCAGAUUGCCGAAGAGUUAUGACUACCAUCAGAUGCCGGCUCCAUUCAUACAGAUCAAAUUAUUGAAAAUUCUUGCAUUACUGGGUGCUGGCGACAAGCAAGCAAGUGAACACAUGUAUACUGUUGUUGGGGAUAUAUUUAAGAAGUGUGAUCCUUUGAGUAAUAUAGGAAAUGCUGUACUUUACCAAAGUAUAUGUUGCGUCUCUUCUAUUUACCCGAAUCCAAAGUUGCUGGAAGCUGCUGCUGAUGUAAUCUCUAGAUUUUUGAAGAGUGAUAGUCAUAAUCUAAAAUAUAUGGGCAUUGAUGCACUUGGUCGCCUUAUAAAGCUAAGUCCAGAUAUUGCAGAACAACAUCAGCUAGCUGUGAUUGAUUGUAUGGAGGAUCCAGAUGAUACUUUAAAGAGAAAAACAUUUGAACUAUUGUAUACAAUGACGAAGUCCACCAAUGUGGAAGUGAUUGUCAACCGCAUGAUUGAAUAUAUGAUAAGCAUUACUGACCAUCACUAUAAGACGUAUAUUGCAUCAAGAUGUGUUAAACUUGCAGAGGAAUUUGCACCUAAUAACCAUUGGUUCAUUCAGACCAUUAAUAAAGUUUUUGAACACGCUGGAGAUUUGGUGAAUAUUAAAGUUGCACAUGAUUUAAUGCGGUUGAUUGCUGAAGGAUUCAGAGAAGAUGGUGAUACAGUGGAUAGCGAGCUGAGAUCAUCUGCUGUGGAGUCAUAUUUGCACAUUAUUGGGAACCCGAAGCUUCCAUCUGCAUUUCUUCAGGUCAUCUGUUGGGUUCUUGGAGAGUAUGGGACUGCUGAUGGAAAGUACUCUGCUUCAUAUAUUGCUGGAAAGCUCUGUGAUGUAGCCGAAGCAUACUCAAACGAUGAAAGUGUCAAGGCGUAUGCGGUGACAGCUCUCAUGAAGGUAUAUGCAUUUGAGAAGAUGUCCGGAAGAACAGUGGAUAUGCUACCUGAGUGUCAAUCUUUGAUCGAAGAACUAUCAGCAUCCCACUCAACAGAUUUGCAGCAACGUGCGUAUGAAUUGCAGGCCACCAUAGGUUUAGACGCUCAAGCUGUUGGGAAUAUAAUGCCAGCUGAUGCAAGCUGUGAAGAUAUUGAGAUUGAUAAGGAUCUUUCGUUCCUCAAUAAUUAUGUGCAACAGUCACUAGAAAAUGGUGCACAGCCUUAUAUUCCAGAGAGUCAGCGAUCUAGGAUGGAUGACAUUAGCAACAUCAGAAGUCUUGACCAACGUGAAACUGUAUCACACAGCCUUAGGUUUGAGGCUUAUGAGCUUCCAAGGCCUCCAGUGCCAACAAGUAUUCCUCCUAUUUCACCUGCAAUCUCAGCUGAACUGGUUCCUGUUCCGGAACCACAUCAUCCUAGGGAGACACACCAGUCUACCUCAGAACCAUCCGUAUCAGAUGAUGGUUCAUCUCAAAUUAAGUUACGACUCGACGGUGUUCAAAAAAAGUGGGGCAGACCAACUUAUUCUUCUUCUCCUGCUUCAUCUGUGUCUACUUCUACUUCUACUCCUCAGAAAGCUGUAAAUGGGGUUUCACAAGUAGACAGUACCAGUACUGUAAGCUCGAAACCCUCGACUUAUACCUCAAGGACUGCAGAACCUGAGAUUUCUUUGGAGAAACAAAAGCUUGCUGCUUCUUUAUUUGGAGGAGGUUCAUCCAAAACCGAAAAAAGGGCUCCUUCUGCUGCUCAUAAAACUACAAAGACACACCAUGGUGCCAAUAAGGUUCAUGCAGCUAAGACGACAGUUUCACCACCACAAGCCCCUCCUCCUGACCUCCUCGACUUAGGCGAACCGACUGUCACCAGUAGUGCACCAUCUAUUGAUCCAUUUAAGCAGUUGGAAGGGCUUCUUGAUGAAAGCCAGGUCUCUUCUACCGAGAAUUUUAAAGCUGUUGAACCCAAUAAAGAAUCAGAUUUUAUGGAUUUAUUUUACGGGACAACCAUGAGUGUACAAGGAAGCAACUUUGUUGAUCUCCUAUCCUCCAAUAAAGAUGAUUUGGAUUUUACUUCUGAAAUGUCAAAAACCGCUGCAAAGACAGGUCGGGGAGAAACAAUCGUUUCAAAUUUGGCACAAUUCAGCAAGGGCCCCGAUGUGAAGGCAUCUUUGGAAAAGGAUGCUGUCGUUAGGCAGAUGGGUGUGAACCCUACCAGUCAGAAUCCAAACCUGUUUAAAGAUUUACUUGGCUAAGAAAUUUCAAGGAAUGCCCAAGCGAGACUUAUUUAUGAUUUGUGCACAUUAUCAUCUUCUAGCAGGAUUGGCUAUGUGAUCAGAAGCUACAAUUAUCCAAAUGGCGGACACAAUUGAAACGGCACACGCACCUGGAACGAACUGCACAAAAACCUCGAAGGCUGUGAAAUUCCGGUGCAGGUAUGUACUUAUUGCCAGAUUAGUUUACUUUUUGUACUAGUAGAGACAAUGUUGAGUUUUUGUACGAGUAGAAACUGUUGGGAUUUCCAGACUUCACGAAUUUACGACGAGUGAGAAAAGUGGCAAAAAAAAUUUCCAACACGCCCGGGGUUUUGGAAAUCUGGAGAGGCAACCAGAAAAUGCUGUGAUGUUUGUUUUGUUUUGUUCUUUAUUUUCUUUGCCCUCCCCAGGAGUGAGUACAUUCUGUUAUAUAUUUGAUUACAAUGCAGAAUAAAGGAAGGUUCUUUCUUUA